AGAGAGAGAGAGAGAGAGAGGGAGAGAGAGAAGUUGAGGAAGAGUGGAGGAGUUAGUCUGGUGCGCGUGCAGCCCUGAGAUGCUCCAGUGAGUGCGAGCUGAAAAGAGAAAAGAACAGUAAACAUGGUGAAGAACGUUCACUGUGAGGUGCAGCACGGCGUCGGAGGAGGUUUGGAGAGAGAGACGGUUCAAACUGGGGCUCAAAACACCACAGAUGAGGGUAAGGAUGAUAAGGAGGGUCCGGCCCCUGGGGUCCUGUGGAGAGUCACCGGCGGGCUGUACAGCGCCACCAAGGGCGUUGUCGGGGCAACGGUGGGCGGCGUGGCCUGGCUGGGCGGGAAAGGCCUGGAAAUGACCAAAUCGGCCGUGACUUCGGCACCCUCAGUGGGCGUCGGCCUGGUGAAGGGCGGAGUCUCGGCUGUGACAGGGGGCGUGGCCUCCGUGAGCUCAACCGUGGCCAGCAAAGUUACAGGGAAGAGGAAGGACAAAGCGGAGUGAGGAAGACGACGACGACGAUGAUGAUGAUGAUGAUGAUGAUAAAGAUGAUAAAGACCAUGGAGAAGGACAGUGCGCCCCUGAGCCGUCAGCACAGCAAUCUGUAUUUUCUGGAUUGACACAGAUUAUUUUACCGUCAGGGUUGAAACAAACUUCGUUUCUCAGUUUUCUUUCCUCUUUUUAUCUUUACCGCCUUUUUUGAAACUGUUUAAAAGCCGCUGUUACUGCAAACGCAGUGGUGCUGGGUUAGCUGAGGCGCUAACAGCGCUAAGACAGUCAUACUGAAAGGAAUAGCUUGAGCAAACAUGCUAACGUUGCCUCCAGUUAGCACAGUGUUCUUUGCGUGACGCUAACGCUAAUCAGCGGCUGUUCGUGUUCGUUCAAUGUUAGCAAUGCUCUGAACUGCAUUUUUGAGCUGCUUUGGGUUUCUGAACAUAUAAAUUGGGACCACAGGUGACUUUUACCGUCACUGAAAGGCAAUAAUCAUUAAGUCUUUGUCAUUUGGAGCAGGACUGGAUUCUGAGUGACUGUAGAAUCGCUAAAUGCUAGUUAUUCUCCUCUUUUCGUUUCUGCUAUGUUAUCAAUGUUUUAGCGGUUUCAGUUUCCAGCGUUUCGUGGUUCAGGGUGUGUCUCUGUGUUAUUAAUGUUAAUUCUGCUUUUCCAAACACAACAGGACGAUGAAAGUUGGUAGCGAAUAUUGUGGAAACAUUUUAUAAGUAUGUUUUAUUUUACUAAUGCAGACAAUUUCAUAGUUUAGUUUUGUUCCUGAAUCCAGAUUUUACUGUUUCUACACAGAAAAUAGAACAUAUUUAUUUUAUGAAAGUCCCGUUUGUCCAGUCGAUCCAAAGACAUUUCUUAUUUCUCCGUUAGCCUUUUAGCUUUUGUAUGUGGACGUUUUCUAUGUAAUUUCUGCAGUACAAUGCAAAGUGCCAGGUUUUCCACCACGCGCGUGUGUUUGUGUUCUCUUUGCUGGGAUGUUCCAGACUGAAAUAUCUUUAUAUAAAAUAAAGCCAUAUGGAACUUGAAA